AUGGCGCCCAAGUUUGACCCCAACGAGGUGAAGGUGGUGUUCCUCCGCCAGUAUGGCGGUGAGCAGGCCCCGAGUUCCGUUCUGGCUCCAAAGGUUGGCCCGUUGGGAAUGUCGCCCAAGAAGGUUGGCGACGACAUCGUGAAGGGGACCAGCCAGUGGAAAGGAAUCCGGGUGACCGUGAAGCUGACGAUCCAGAACCGGGCGGCCAAGGUGGACGUGGAGCCGAAUGCCACCAGCCUCGUCAUCAAGGCUCUGAAGGAGCCUCUCCGAGACCGAAAGAAGACCAAGAACAUCAAGCACAGCGGCAACCUGACGAAGAAUGUCUUCCUGGACAUUUGCCGCCAGAUGCGCAAGAAGAGCUUGGCAAAGGAGUUCAAGGGCACUGCAAAGGAGCAAGCAUUGAGAGUCUCCUGCCAACGGAGAGAUUUUGGGGACCUGCUUCGCGGUCGGCUGCACCGUGGACGGCCAGAAGCCGAUCGCCCUGCAGGAGGCCAUCGACAACGAGGAGUGGGAGCUGCCGACUGA